AUGAGCGAUGCAGUCUCUGCCCUCGUGAACAGCACCCGUGAUUGGGCUCCUGGGUUGCCAAUUCUUUUUACAGAGGACCAGAGUAUGCGCAUGGCGAGAUUGUGCCUGGGCAGUGGUGUCGCCCCCUUGCCCUUGCCCCCAUCCGGGCCGCCAGGGUUGGCCACAGGAGCAAAAGCGGCAUCGCAAGAUGGGUUCAGAGACGGACGGGAACACUUGAAAUGUGCUCUCGAAGUGCUGUUUUUAGCAGGGGCCCAACACGCACAAAGACCGUCUUUUAUUCACACUACACCACAGCCAGAAGCACCAAUCGAUGGGCCGCAGUGUCGCCGUAGAGUACAUGGCUACCGAACCGGUUGCAGCGUGCUGCUCGGUGUGGCCUUGCGGUAUUGCGGUGAAUCUCUCCAGCUGAGUGGGCAGGACGGCUCUUUUAGCUCUGGGCGCUGA